UACAAAAUUAGGGAGUCACCCAUCGCAAAUCUUCUGCUGAACUGAGUGAGACUAGAGGUGUUUCCCGUAAAGUUUCUCCCGGUAGAAGUGGUUGAACCCACCAGCCACAAUGGCGUCCAAGAUUUCCUUGAAGAUCAACAUUGUGGCUGCCAACAGCACCAAGACUAUGCAAUUUGAUCCCACGGCUCUCGUCUACGAUGUCUGCCGUAUCAUACGGGAGAAGAAUCCAGAAGCAGCCGCUUUACAGGGGCAACCCAACGAGUAUGGUCUCUUCCUUGCUGAUGAUGAUCCCAAGAAGGGAGUGUGGCUAGAGUCGGGAAAGACGCUGGAGCAUUAUCUCCUUCGGCAAGGGGAUUUGUUGGAGUACCGCAAGAAGAUCCGUCCUCUGAAGGUCAAGAUGUUGGAUGGCUCCAAAAAAACAUUGUUGAUUGAUGACAGCAACACAGUCAGUCAGAUGCUGAUCACCAUAUGCACUCGACUGGGUGUGACAAAUUAUGACGAGUACUCCCUUUGCCGUGAUCUACCGGAUGAGGAAAAGAAGGAUGGCACCAUUAACAGAUCAACUCUCAAGAAGGAAAAGGGCUCGUCAUCUAUACUCCGUGAUGAGAAAAAGAUGGAAACCCUGAAAAAGAAACUGCAUACAGAUGAUGAGAUGAACUGGCUUGAUCACACAAGGACACUGAGGGAGCAGGGCGUGGAGGAGUUUGAAAUGCUCGUCUUCCGCCGAAAAUACUUCUACUCUGAUCAGAAUGUCGAUAAAAGGGAUCCCGUUCAACUCAACUUGCUCUACGUGCAGUCUCGAGACGCCAUCAUCAACGGCACCCAUCCUUGCUCCUACGAGGAAGCUCUCCAUCUGGCUGGUACCCAGAUGCAGAUUCACUAUGGCGACCAUGAUCCGUCAAGACACAAGAUAGGCUUCCUUGAUCUGAAAGACUUUCUCCCUAAAGAGUACGUGAAAUUGAAGGGCGCAGAAAAGAGGAUCUUUGGAGAACAUGCUAAGCUGAUUGGAGUCAGUGAGCUAGACUCCAAGGUGCGUUAUACCCAGCUGUGUCGCUCACUCAAGACUUACGGCAUCACCUUCUUCCUCGUGAAAGAAAAGAUGAAGGGUAAAAAUAAGUUGGUCCCCCGGUUGCUAGGCAUCACCAAGGAGAGUGUGCUUCGUGUGGAUGAGAGGACCAAGGAAAUCAUGAAAACCUGGCCGUUGACAACAGUACGUCGUUGGGCUGCUUCCCCGAACAGUUUCACCCUGGACUUUGGUGACUACUCUGAGUCCUACUACUCGGUACAGACCAAAGAAGGGGAGGCCAUCGGCGCACUUAUCGCAGGCUAUAUUGACAUCAUUCUCAAGAAGCAAAAAGGCAAAGACCGCAUCGGCUUGGAAGGGGACGAGGAGGCCACCCUCCUGGAAGACAGCGUGUCACCAGCCAAGGCAACCUUCCUGCAGCACCAGACUAACCGGCCAGGCCACGCAUCAGAGGGCUCUGUGGCCCUGCCUGCUGUCAUGAGGGCUGGUGGCUCAGCCGGCACUUACACCACAGGAGAGAUGCAGCCCCCGCAGCACGCGGUCACCAAAGGCCAAGCCAACAUGGCGCACACUGCACCCGUGCCCAGCCAAGCCCGUCAACCUGGACUGACUACAGCCCAGCAAGCCUUCCAAGGCAACGUGGAGAGAGGCUUCACCGCCGUGGACGCUGCCCAGAAUGAUCUCAUGACCAAGGCCGAGCUGCCGCCGCUUGGAACCGAUCCCGCCUCUAAGCAGUGGCGUCAGAACACCAUCGAUGUCAACAAGCAGAACAUCCAGUCCCAGCUGAGUGCUUUGUCGGCUGCCACUGCCGGCAUCAUCAGCCAAACCUCUGGCGAUCCCUCCGAUACUGACUACACCUCUGUUGGUUCUCACAUCACCACCAUCUCGUCUAACCUGACUGAGAUGACCAAGGGCGUCAAGAUGCUGGCUGCUCUCCUCGGGGAAGAAGGAGACGGUAACAGCAUCCUGGAUGCAGCCAGGGGCCUGAUGGGGGCUUUCUCUGACCUCCUCAAGUGUGCCCAACCUGAGAGUCAAGAGCCACGCCAGAAUCUUUUGAGUGCUGCUAACCGAGUCGGUGAAGCCCAGAAUGCCUUACUCAGGAGUAUUGGCUCAACAGGUGACAUGGACCCUAAAUUCCAGGAUCUGCUGCUUGGAUUGGCUAAGGCCGUUGCCAAUGCCACAGCGGCCCUGGUCUUGAAGGCUAAGAACGUGGCAAGUACGACAGAGGACCAAGCACUGCAGAACAAGGUCAUCGGCUCGGCUACCCAGUGUGCCCUCAAUACAUCACAACUUGUGGCUUGUACCAAGGUCGUAGCUCCAACCAUCAGCAGUCCGGCCUGCCAGGAACAGCUGGUAGAGGCAGCCAAGCUGGUGGCUAAGUCUGUUGAAGCUGUGGUGGACUCCUCUAAGAAUGCUACUGAGGAUGAGAACCUCUUGCGUGAUCUUGGCGAGGCAGCCACAGCGGUCACUAAAGCCCUGAACGACCUCCUGCAGCAUGUAAAGCAAGGCACAGCGGCUGCUGGCCGUCCGACCACCCUGUACGAUGACGCCUGUGAUAAGAUUAUGACGGCUACAGAGAAGCUAUUCAGCAGUGUGGGCAAUGCCGCCGAGAUGGUCAAGCAAGCCAAGAUUCUCGCCAUGGCUACGUCACACCUUGUCAAUGCAAUCAAAGGUGACGCCGAAGCCGUCUCAGAGAGUGACUCGCAGAAACGCCUCCUGAAUGCCGCCAAGCAGCUGGCAGAUGCCACGGGCAAGAUGGUGGAGGCGGCCAAGGCCUGUGCCAGUAGCCCCCACGACGAGGCUCAGCAGCAGAAGCUGAAGCAGGCUGCAGAGGACCUGCGCACGGCCACCAACGCCGCCGCCAACAACGCCCUCAAGAAGAAGAUCAUGCAGCGAUUGGAGAAUGCUGCCAAGCAGGCCGCCGCGGCAUCCACCCAGACCAUCGCCGCUGCCAACGGGGCCAAAGACUCCACCAAGAACCCCAGCACGCAGCAGCACAUGAUAGACGAAUGCAAGAUUGUGGCUGAACAUAUCCCUAAGCUGGUGCAAGGAGUGCGUGAUUACCUGCAGCAGCCUGACAAUCUCGGCGUACAACUGGGUCUGAUCAAUGCCAGUCAGCAUUUCAUCCAGCCGGGUACUGAUCUGAUCUCAGCCAGCCGGGCUGCCAUCCCAACCGUGGAAGACAAGGCUGCCGCAUUGCAGUUGGCCAAUUGCACAAAGAACAUGGCCACAGCCCUGACAGAUCUCCGAUCAGCUGCCAACAAGGCACAAGAGGCAUGCGGUGCACAAGAGAUUGAUAAUGCCUUGGACAUGAUCAAAGCAUUGGAGGACCAACUGGAUGAGAUUAGGCUGACGGCGGAUAACAACAAGCUCACUCCCCUGCCUGGAGAAACGCCGGAAUCCUGUGCCACUCAGCUGGGCACCACGUCCAAGAAUGUGGGCGCUUCCAUGGCCCAGCUACUGACUGCCGCCUCUCAAGCCAACGAGACCUACACCGGCAUGGCCGCGAGGGAGACGGCCAACUCCCUGCAGAGCCUGACGGGAGCAGUCAGGGGUGUGGCCGCAACAACACAGGAGAAGCCUGCGAGAGAUGCCAUGAUCGACCGUGCCAAAGAUGUCCUGGACAAGUCGGCCAAUCUCUUGGAAGAAGCCAAGAAGGCCUUGGCAGAUCCCAAUAACCCAGACAACCAGCAGCGCCUGGCACAGGUCGCCAAGGCAGUAUCGCAUGCUCUCAACGGCUGUGUGAGCUGCCUCCCUGGCCAGCGAGAUGUGGAGAAGGCUAUCAAGUCCGUGGUGGAGGCCAGUAAGGGACUCAUGUCCGGCAAGCUUAUCCGAUUGGCUCGUGAGCAACAUGAACAAAGUGGAAGGCUCAGCGAGGUGUUUGAGCAGUUCUCAUACACCUCUGAGUUCAUCUCUGAGGCCAUAGUAGCGUCCCAGGACCAGGAUGUGGCACUGGCAUCUCGUCUACCCGAGGGUGACGCCCGGAACUACCAGGAGCACCAGAAUACCCUGAACAAGGCUGCCCAAGGGCUGAAUGUUGCCACUGGUGAGCUGGUCACCGCCACCAGGGGCACGCCACAGGAGUUGGCCGCCGCUGCCAACACGUUCAGCAAAGAGUUUGACGAUUUGAUGAAAUCUGGAAUGGGCAUGGCCGGCUCUGCUCCGAGUAAGGAGGCCCAGGGAGAGAUGGUGGGGAGUCUCAAGACCAUCUCGGUCACCUCCAGUAAGCUGCUGCUGGUUGUCAAAGGGAUGUCAGCUGAUCCCAAUGCACCUAACGCCAAGAACCUUCUGGCUGCUGCAGCAAGAGGAGUGACAAACAGCAUCAACAACCUGAUUGACACCUUCAUGCAAGCCGCCCCGGGCCAGAAGGAGUGUGACAGCGCUCUGCGCAACAUCCAGACCAUGAAGAACAUUCUGGACAACAUCAACGAGCCCAUCAAUGACUGGACCUACUUUGAUUGCCUGCAGGGUGUGAUGGAGAAGUCCAAGGAUCUAGGUGAAAGCAUGGGAGGCAUCACGCAGAAUGCCAAGAACGGUCAGCUGGAGGAGUUUGGUAAGAACGUAGAGGCAGCCGGUGCAGCUGUCUGUGGUCUGACGGAAGCAGCAGCUCAGUCGGCCUACCUUGUAGGUAUUGCAGAUCCCUCCAGCGUAGCAGGAAGACCUGGUCUGGUAGAUCAGUCUCAGUUUGCCCGCGCCCACCAGGCCAUCCAAGCAGCUUGUAACAGCCUCCUCAACCCAAAGAGCAGCCAGCAGCAGGUUCUCGCUGCUGCCACUGAGGUAGCCAAGCAUACCUCAGCGCUCUGCAACAUCUGCCGUGUGGCUUCGUCGAAGACCAGCAACCCAGUGGCCAAGAAACACUUUGUGCAAUCUGCCAAGGAUGUGGCCAACAGCACUGCUAACCUGGUCAAGAGCAUCAAGGCCCUGGAUGGCAACUUCACCGAUGAGAACAGGGAGAAGUGUGCAGCCAGCACCAAGCCCCUACUGGAAGCGGUGGAGAACCUCGUCACCUUUGCCUCCUCUCCUGAAUUCUCCAGCGUGCCGGCCAAGAUCACACCUCAGGCUCGCCAAGCUAUGGAACCCAUCAUCUCAGCCGGUAAGAUGAUGAUAGCGAGUUCCUGUGCCUUGAUCCAGACGGCCAAACCCCUGGCGCUGAACCCCAAGGACCCGCCCACCUGGCAGCAGCUGGCCAACCACUCCAAGGACGUGUCCGACUCCAUCAAGAAACUUGUGUCUUCCAUCAGGGAUCGUGCUCCUGGACAGGUGGAAUGCGAUAAUGCCAUAGAGCAGGUCAACCAGUCGAUGAGGGAUCUAGACCAAGCCUCUCUCGCUGCCAUGAGCCAGAGUCUCCCCCCGCAUGAAGGUGCUACACUGAAGAGCUUCACAGAGCAGAUGGCCAACAGUGCCGUGGAACUGAAAUACCAGAUUGACGAAGUGGCGACAGCAUCCAAGGGACAAGCAGAAAAACUAGGACAUGCCGUGUCAUCCAUGGCCAACUACUUUGACCCGCUGACGCGCAGUGCCAUCGGCGCUGCGUCCAAGACCUCCAAUUCACAGCGUCAGAUGGCUAUCUUAGACCUGACAAAAACGGUGGCCGAGUCGGGACUUCAGCUUCUGUUUGCAGCCAAAGAGGGUGGUGGGAAUCCAAAGGCUGUCCAUACCCAUGCAGCUAUCGAUGAAGCUGCACAAGGCAUGAAGGAAGCGGUGGAUGAUUUGAACACCAUGCUCGAGGAGGCAGCCAGUGAGUUUGGCAUUGUCUCAGGAAUGGUGGAUACCAUCUCCAAAGCCAUCCUGAAGACUGAUGACACCUUGCCUGAGAAUGAAGCGGGCGAGUUUGUGGACUAUCAGACGAGCAUGGUGAAGUCCUGCAAAGCUAUCAUCAAGACAUCCCACGACAUGCUUGCAGUGAGCAAGAGGAAUGUCUCCAAGGCCAACAGCAACGUGGGUGAGUUAGGCACCCUGGCCAAUAACCUCUCCCACGAGUACAGCAAGCUAGCCGAGGAUGCCCGAGGAGCCAUGGCCUCCACCAACCCGGAGGUAGGUCCGCGGUUUGAGGUUGCCCAGAGGAUCAAGUCGGCAGUGGACAAUCUUGGAAACGCCAGCAUUGAGCUUGUCAAGAAUGCUGGCACGGUGCAGUGCAACCCCACCGAUAAUAUGGCCAAGCGGGAUCUGGUGGAUAAUGCACGUUCUGUGGUUGAGAAGUGUAACUUUGUGAUGGCAGCCCUCCAGGCAGGUUCCAGCGGCACCCAGGCCUGCAUCAACGCGGCCAGCACCGUCUCGGGCAUUAUUGGGGACCUGGACACCACCAUUAUGUUUGCCUCAGCCGGAACCCUGAGUGCCGAGCCGGAAGGUGGCUCCUUUUCAGACCACAGGGAGAGCAUCUUGAAGACGGCCAAGGCCCUUGUGGAAGACACAAAGACACUGGUGACUGGGGCAGCCUCCACCCAGGAACAGCUAGCCAAUGCUGCACAGUCGGCCGUUUCCACCAUCACCAAACUGGCCGAUGUCGUCAAGCUAGGGGCUGCCACUCUGGGUGGGGAUGACCCCGACGGACAGGUGCUGCUGAUCAAUGCUGUCAAGGAUGUUGCCUCAGCUCUGGGUGAUCUCAUCACUGCCACCAAGAGUGCAUCGGGGAAAGGGGUAGACGACCCAUCAGUUGGUAACCUCAAGAGCUCAGCUAAGGUCAUGGUCACCAAUGUGACGUCACUUCUUAAGACUGUCAAGAGCGUUGAGGACGAGGCUUGUAGAGGUACCAGAGCCUUGGAAGCGACUAUUGAUGCCAUCACCCAGGAAGCAAAGAUACUGGACAACCCGUCCGUCGGCGACCGUCGUGCCACACCAGAGCAGCUCAUCCGCAGCACAAAGGCUGUAACUUUGGCGACGGCAAAGGCCGUUGGUGCAGGAAACUCUGGGAAGCAGGAUGACGUGACCGCUGCCGCCAACCUGGCUCGGCAGGCCUUGUUUGCCAUGAUAGACUGCUGUAGGGGAGCAGCCAGUGCAGCAGAUUCAGUAGACAUGAGGGAGAGAACCCUCUACGUGGGCAAGCAGUGCUCGGAUGCCUUCAGGGCUUUGUUAGAACAGGUCCACUCGAACAUCCAGCGGCCCUCACCGGACAGCAAGCAACGCCUUGGACAGCACUCCAAGCGAGUUGCCCAGACGGUCGGGGAGCUGGUGCAGGCCGCAGAGGCACUCAAGGGUUCUGAUUGGGUUGAUCCUGAAGACCCCAAUGUGAUUGCCGAGAAUGAGCUCCUCAGUGCCGCUAAUGCCAUCGAGGCAGCUGCCAAGAAACUGUCUCAACUUCAGCCCAGAGGCCGAGCAAGGCAAGCAGAUGAAAGCUUGAACUUUGAAGAGCAAAUCUUGGAAGCAGCCAAGGCCAUUGCUAAUGCCACCAGCGCCUUGGUGAAGGCUGCAUCGGCUGCACAGAGGGAGUUGGUUGAACAAGGAAUGGUUGUGGCCAACCCAGCACCCUACAGCGAAGAUGGCCAGUGGUCCAUGGGUCUCAUCUCGGCUGCCCGCAAAGUGGCUGCGGCCACGCAGGGCCUGUGCGAAGCGGCCAAUGCCGUAGUCCAGGGCCACGCUUCUCAGGAGCGACUGAUCUCGUCAGCCAAGCAGGUGGCCAGCUCCACUGCCCAGCUGCUGGUGGCCUGUAAGGUCAAGGCUAGCACCUUCAGCGAGCCCAUGAGACGAUUACAGGCUGCUGGCAAUGCUGUCAAGCGUGCUUCAGAUAGCCUGGUGGCCGCGGCUCAGCAAGCGGCCGAGCAGGAGGAUGAGGUGGCUGGGGUGGACCUCAGCAGCAAGAUGGUGGGCAACAUCCGCAUCGAGAUCGAGGCCCAGGCCGCCAUCUUGAAGAAAGAGAAGGAGUUGGAGGAAGCCCGCCGGAAACUGGAGCAGAUCCGUCAGGCCAAAUAUGCCAACCGACCCCCAGAAGAUUCAGACUAGACCAAGAUUAGACCAAGAAUGGAAUAGAAAAAUAGGGGAAAACAAAAUGUCUGUGCCAGUACGAAAGUUGACGCCUUGAAAUGUAAAAUCAUGUACCGUCGCAAGUGAUUCUUUAUUUGAAGUUAGCAAUGCUUGGAAGUAGUGCACAGACCAUGCAGUGAUAGUUUUACAUGUUCUGCCCCCGUGCAGUUGUAAGUAAGUGACCCAAUAAUCAGCAACGUUGAUGUAACAUAAGGGCAUGUGUUGUGACCUUGUUCAUGAAGGUUAACAUGCGUUGGUGUGCCUGCUUUAACGACCUCCCAACUGGGGCUGAAAUAUUACUGAAUAGCAAGUGGUCUGAAAACAAAUUUUACAAGUCAACUUCCUGCAGUAGGGUCUUUCCAAAUAUAAUUAUAAGCUCCAAACUUGAUAAGCAUAGAAUAGCUUUAAGAGGGGAAAAAAUUAUCUGGUGCUAAAUGACUGUCGGCUGGAGGGGAGGCCUUUUGCCAACAUGUAAAUAACAUCAGUAAACAUUUGUGUUUUAACUGGUUAGUAAACAAACAGAAUAUGAAGUGUAGGGUAUUGUGUAGCACUUGUUACAUUAGUGGUGUUGUGUACAUAGUAUACAAAUGUUUUCUUAGUAUUUUUUCCUCAAAGAUUACCAUAUUUUAUUCAUUACUGGUUUUGAUAUUAUACUGGUAUUAUUUUGUAGGUUACUUCCAGUAUUUGGAUGCAUUAUUACUACUUGGAAUUAUUAUCAUGUUAUUAAUUUCGCAGUUUUGUGAUUGGUUCAUUGGAAAUCUUUCAGAGAUUUUGACAUAAAUAUCAAUUGAUGAUAUGUUAGAUUGUCUUCUGUGGGAAUACUGCACUGCAAGCAGUCUGUGUGGGAGUAUUUUGAGAUGAGAAUCUUUGGGUGGCUACCAUUGUCAUAGAGUAAAACAAUUGACCCAGUUUUGACAUGUUCAUUUCUGGAAGAGAUUGAAUGACAAUACUUUUAGCUCAUUUCUUUAAUGUAAUAUUAAUGAAAGAAGUGUUUAAAUAAUUUUGUCCUGGUUUUAACUUGAUGUUCCUCAAGAUUACAACCAUUACUCUCACAGACUUUCCGGUGUGUUGGAAAUUGAUGACAGCAAAAGGUCCACUUCCAACAGUCCACAAUUUUUACUAAAAACUUUACGACUCAAUGAGGACAGGUGUUGGAUUUUCAAAGUCUACAGUCAUUUGCUUUAUGUAGAUUCAGUACUUACAUGCAGUUUAAUUAGAUAGAAGACUAGCGGGAAAAGAAUCAUAGCUUGGCUUGUUUUCAUCUCCACAGAAGGAGCUGUGAGACUUUUUUAGAAUCAAGUGGCUGUUUGACAAGGAAUAUUAGUUUUGAAGAUUUAAUCAUAUCUAUGGAUUCGGAAGAGAAUGAAAACGUGAUUUAGUAGAAUAUAUUGACCCUCCUGGCUGAGUAGGGGUCUCAUAUUAGUGUGAUUCUCUUGGAUUCUUCCAAUUGCUCGGAUCAGUGGGGCAAGAAGUUGAAAUAUCUUUACGAAAUUGAGGCUUUAACAGAUGGUGUUGGUGUUGCAUUGUCCCAAAUAUACGGCAGUCAAAAAGAUAACGGUUUUUACCUAAAAGAAACAGAUGAACUAUUCUGGUCACUGUGAGCUUCCCAGUCGGAUGUCCCAUUGAAACAUUUCUGCGCUGUGUUGUUUGGCUUGCUUGCCCUAUUCAUGAAUCCUUGCCACGUCGUGCAAGGCAGUGUACGAAGAACAAGUUCUAUGACGAGGCAUUGUAUAGCAGGCAAUAUGCAAUGCAGUAUGUCAGAACAUUUUGGCUGACUUCCCACCUGACCUUUGGAAAAAUUAUCCAAGACACAGCAUAACAUAUAAAUUUAAACUCAUUUAUCCCAAGGUACACAUAGGCCAUUGUGCUGUUGCCAUGCCAACUGUAGUAGUGGAAGUUGUGUAAGCCGUAUAGUGAUUUCAUAAUUUUUGUUAACCUGAGAAUACACAUCUUCAAAAUGACAUUUUAAAUAUGAAUGUCUGCUCUGCUCUUAAAUUACCAUAAAUUAGAACUAUAUUUUUUCUAACGUAUUUUAACCAAUGUAAUGCUUUUUCUAAACAUUUUGAUGGAGUGAAUAUUUAAGUGAACGGCGCACUUUUUGUACUCGUCUUGCAAUCGAGUGCCUCUUUCUUAUGAAAACCAAUUCAUCUAAAAUAUUUUGCACAUUUUAGGGCACGGUCGUAUUUCAUGUGUCUUUGUUAAGAAUGGCGCAUGAUUUUGGCAUGAUGUUUUGAUCUAAUUUUCAAAUGUCAACUAUUGGUUGUGUUUUCUUUAAACUGAAUUUGACAAUCACUUUGUAUGGAUGAGGGCUUACCCAGAUGGAAAGCUUGUACACGGAAUCGGCUCAUUACUAAACGUUCUGUAUCAUACUUUUGGACACAAAUCUUUUUUACGGCACCGACAUAAAUAUUGAAUUAACUAAUACACAAUGAGCAAAACUGACAUAAAGCGCUAGAAAUAGUCCUGAGAAAACAUUUGUAAGCAUAUCUUAAGGAAACUAAAAGUGUGUCUGUCGGCUGCAAAAAUUGUGUGGAUUACUCGCACAGGCACUGAGGAAGAACUUUACAUAAUCAGUGUAGGCACACUCUGUGAUUAAACUUAAAAGGGGUCAGUCAGGCUAUAUUUUCAGUUCUUCCACUUCAUACUACUCGUCUUCUGUAAAUACCUUGCAUGCAGGCAUUGCACAUGUUGACAAUAACCUUUUUGUUAUAGAAAUGAGCAUGAGUUUAUCUACUAAUCAACGAUGCAGAGCUACUGUACUCGAUUCAAUACUCAACUAAGUGAGACUUACUCAACAUGAUACCUUGCCAUUGAAGGGAACUGCAUCAUUUGAUAACCUGUACUCUUAAAGCUGACACUGAUUUGGAAAGGAAAGAGAAAGAUAAUAAAAGGCUUUUUUUUCCUGAAAGUUGUUCCUCUCUUUACAAUAUUUUGUGUGUUGCGGUUACGUUGUUCUCUCGGUGCAGAGUGACCAAAGUUUGUGUUUAGUUUCAUAACUUCCAGGUCACAGCAAUAAAAACUGUCAUUUGAAA